GCCAGCUCAGCUGACAACAGCAGCUCCUCUGCAGCCAGAUGAUGAUGGCAGACUCUGGAAGUAGCGAAGAAGUAGCUGUGAUCGGUAACACCGAUAUCACUUCAACGGAAUCCGAGAACAACAUUAUAAACACGAUGGUGGAGAGAGGGACAGCUCUAUUGAGGAAAAUGGAGAUAAGUGUGGCAGAGGCUGAGAAGAGAACAGGGAAGAACACGGUUAACAUGCAGGAAACCUAUACAGUGUACCUCAUAGAAACACGGCCAGCUGAAACUGUCCCAGAGGGAGGUACGCCUGCCGCCCCCGACACUUUGUGGAGACGCUACAGUGAGUUUGAGCUACUCAGAACAUACCUCAUGGUCGCCUUCCCGUACAUCAUCAUCCCUCCACUGCCAGAGAAAAGGGCAGAGUUCGUGUGGCACAAGCUGUCAGCAGACAACCUUGACCCCGACUUUGUUGAGCGACGGAGAGUCGGCCUGGAAAACUUCUUGCUGCGUGUUGCAUCGCAUCCUGUCCUUUCCAAUGACAAAAUCUUCUUCCUGUUUCUGACAGAGGAGAAAGGAUGGAGGGAGGCAGUUUUGGACACAGGUUUCCAAGACAAGGUUGACUCCAGACUAAAGUCUCUGAGUGCCAUGUUUAGAGUGAAGAACCCUGACAAGCGGUUCACCGCACUGAAACACUACAGUGAUGAACUGAACACUGUCAUCUCUCAGUUACUCAGGGUGCGAGCGAAAGUAGCUGACAGGCUGUACGGCGUUUACAAGGUCCACGGUAACUACGGCAGAGUCUUUAGUGAGUGGAGUGCUAUCGAAAAAGAGAUGGGAGACGGACUUCAGAGUGCAGGACACCACAUGGACACAUAUGCUGCAUCGAUAGAUGACAUUCUGGAGGAAGAAGAGCACUAUGCAGACCAGCUGAAGGAGUACCUCUUCUACACUGACGCUGUCAGGUCGGUUUGUAGGAAACAUGAGUUGAUCCAGUAUGAGUUGGAGAUGGCAGCUCAGGACCUCAGCAACAAAAAACAACAGAAAGAAGAGCUGGCUACUGGGACAGUGCGCAUCUUUUCUCUGAAGGGGAUGACCAGCAAACUGUUUGGCCAAGAGAGCCAGGAGCAGAGGGAGAGCAGGUUGGCAGCCUUAGAGCAGAGUAUCCAGGAGGGAGAGGAAGCGCUCAAGGAGAAGAACGCAGAGUGCUUAGAGUAUGUGCGAACAGCCUGGGAAGACAUUGAACGUUUUAAGGAGCAGAAGGACAAAGAUUUGCGUGAAGCACUAAUCAGCUAUGCCAUUAUGCAGAUCAGCAUGUGUAAGAAGGGAAUCCAGGUGUGGUCCAACGCCAAGGAGUGUUUCAACAAAAUGUGAGCCACUUUUCAGCCAAUUGCUCUCCCGUACCAGAACCACAGUCAGUCAGUCAGAUUGGUCGGAGUGAGACCAUCAGCCGAUCUUUGAACUGCAGUUUUAUGGAGCUGGCCAUGGGAGCCCAGAUACUUCCUCCACUUUGCUACGCUGACUCUACUUAAAUUGAUUCUGUUUCCUUUCCUCUCUCUGUCUCUCUCACAUACAUGUGCACACACACACAAGUUUCCAAGUCAGAGUCAUUUAGUGGAUCCGCGCCUUUUAAAUCCAAGUGUCUUAACCGUACUGUUCUCUUGGCAUUCUCCUGAUGUGACUUUCAUACUGCAGAUCAUCCAGAUUUUCAGUGCUUUUUCCUCGAUUGCUGCACAAACUGCAUGUCCAUGAGGAAAACCUGCACUAAUAACGCACGAUAGUGCAAAGAGCUGUUCAGUUUAUUUCAGUUGUUACCCUUCUCUUGAAUUAUCUCAUGAGAAGAUGCACAUUUCACUUCACCUGCUUUAGGACAAUUGAAACAACCUAUGUUUUGAGCUUUUCCGUGUUUUACUUUUAGGGAUUCUGCUUCCAGAUAGGGGUUUCACACAUCAUUUUUUGAAAAGGACAAAAUAAGAAUGGACCAAAAAAAAAUUCCUACACAUGUUACAAAUGGCACUAGUGAACGGGCAUCAAGCUUAUUGGGUCUAAUUUGACACUUAACAACACAAUUAAUUGGCACUCCACUACAGCAUUUAACUUUGACAAUUAGCCUGUCACCUACGCUAAAGUCUGCAAAACUUCAAAUUAUCUCUCUGCAAGACCAUUUCAAUAAAAGGGCAGAUGUUGGGGAAUCAGAAUCAGAUUAGCUUUAAUUAAUUGAAUUAGUUGAAAUUCUAGUCAAUGGAGAUACCAGUUGGAGAUCAAUCAGAAACAAGAAAUCACAUUGUAAGACAAAGGGAACAUGGGCCUCUCUUUAGGAAGCCAGAACACAUCCACAUUUCCUGUCUGCCUUUUCAUAUUUCAUACACUUCAUGCUGAAGUCAGUCUUUUUGCUGUCAUUGAUCAGCUGACCAAAGUGCUUAUGACCACAUGGGGGAGCACAGGAGUGGGGCUGACAACCUUGGUGUAGUUUUGGUAAUUGAUACUGAUUUUUUUUUCUUGGUCAGAUAGUCACGAAGGCCUUAUAGGUUUGGUUACAAUGGAGUGGAGCCUUUGUUCUUGAAUUCCUUUUUGGGCGACUGAAACAUGGCGCCCCCACAAACUACCUGAGCUACCACAUGCAACCAUAAGUGUUGUUUAAAGCAACACAUACAUACCAAUAACUGGGGCUCGUCUUUGCUCUCGAGUUUUAGAGCCUUGAUAAGAACAUUGGUUUUGUACCUCUCUGCCCACUGUCAAUGUGCCUCACCCCCUUUUCUGAUAUUAAGUCUGCACUAAAUAGUCAACCUGAGUUACAAAGAGGCUUCAGGUCAAUGUUUAUGAAAUGUACUGACCAAGUAGUGGAAACUUUAACCACAGAUAUGUUGGACCCUUGAAAUCUGUCUCAAUACAAAUUCUACACAUACACAAUACAUGUGCUACUAUUGCUUCCUGUAUGAUAUCUCUCUAAGGUGGGAAAAUGUGUGCAAAAUGAAUAUGGCAUGUAAAAACAUGUAAAAAGUUCCAGUCAGCAAACCUUCCUUUUCAUAAUAAACAAUCAGUUUCCUGGAAUAAUCCCAAA